AUGGAAAAGUGGAGUGGAAAGACUGCAAUCGUAACAGGUGCAUCAGCUGGAAUUGGUGAUGCUAUUGUCCGAGAUUUUGUAAAACAUGGAAUUAAUGUCGUGGCUAUGGCACGUCGUAUGGACAGAUUAGAAUCAUUGAGAGAUCAACUUAAAGAUGAAGCUGGCAAGGUCAUUCCAAUUAAAUGUGAUGUAGCUGACAAAGCUUCAAUUGAUGCGGCAUUUGAGAAAAUAGAAAAAGAAGUUGGGACAAUUCAGAUAUUAGUCAAUAAUGCUGGAAUUUGUUUAAUGGCAGAUAUUUUUGGAGAAGAUGAUGACAAAACUGAUGAAAUCUUUACAAGCACAAUCAAUAUAAAUUUUCUGGGACUAGUCAGAGUUGCUAGAAAAAGUUUUAAGUUGAUAAAAAAAUCAGAAGAUUAUGGAAUCAUCAUAAAUAUCGGAAGUGUUUUUGGUCAUAUUUCAUCAUCAGAUUAUGCAUUGAAUGUUUAUCCAGGGACUAAACAUGCCGUCCGAGCUGUCACUGAGUCUAUGCGACAAGAACUUAACAAACUUAAAAAUUCAAAGAUUCGCGUCUGUGAAUUGUGUCCAGGUGCAGUUAUCACAGAAAUUGGACGUGAUUCAUUUAAUACACCUGAAAUGAAGGCAUUGAUUGAAAGCGGGACGAUUCCAAUACUGAAGAGUUGUCACAUUUCACAGACGGUUAUGUUCAUUCUAAUCACACCAUAUGAAGUUAAUAUAACUGAAAUGAUUGUUAAGCCGGUUGGGGAGAAAUAUUGA